AUGGCACCGUCACCACCUCAAAACAGAUUGGCCCAGGUUGCGUCACAUAUAGGGACAUCGAAUAGCUCUUUACCAGCUAUCCCCGAGGUAGCUCAGGAUUCUGUUGGGAAACGAUUGGCGGAUAAGGUCGCUAUAAUAACAGGCUGUAACUCUGCUCUCGGAAUCGGACGCGCAACAGCAAACCAGUACGCGCGGAAUGGCGUGAAAGCCCUCUAUAUUUGCGAUUAUGCAUCCGACAACCUACCACAAAUUGAGAUGGAGCUACGACAACAAUACCCAGGGGUUGAAAUUCAUGCGAGAGCAUUUGAUGCAGCGGACGAGAAGUCUGUAAUAAAUAUUGUCAACGAAGCUCUGGAGAGUUAUGGGAGGCUCGAUAUAUUCUUUGCCAAUGCUGGGAUCCUAGGAAAAGGUUUGAAAUUAGAUACCAUCUCGGCGGAACAAUUUCUGGAGGUCAUGAGGGUGAAUACAUUGAGUGUUUUCUUAGCAGUAAAGUAUGCCUCGAAAGCGAUGCAGAAGAUUAGUUCCUCGAAACCUGUUUCAGGUGGCUCGAUUAUAGCCACUGCAUCUGUAGCUGGAAUACGAUCUGGAGCAGGAUCAACCGACUACUCCGCAUCUAAGGCCGCAGUGAUCAAUAUAAUGCAAUCAUCCGCUUUUCAACUCGCUGGCACCAACGUUCGCUGCAAUGCAAUUUGCCCUGGUCUGAUAGAAACAGGUAUGACUAACGUGGUCUGGGAGGCGGCCAGGAAGAGGGGCACUGUGGGAAAUAUCGGCCAGAUAAAUCCUUUAAAGAGGGGUGGGGUAAGCGACGAGAUUGCGAGGGUAGCACUGUUUUUAGGGAGUGAUGAGAGCUCGUACGUGAACGCCCAAUUCUGGGCUGUUGAUGGUGGACUUAGUGGAAGUCAUCCGACUAUGCCUGGAAGAUUUCAUUAA